AUGUCAGAAGGGACAGCGCAGAAGAGGAGGCUGUCAGGGCGAGAUCGACGUGAAUCGACUGCGAAAAGAAGAGCGUCGUCUCCUGCUCAGUCCGUGGCUCCGUCGACUCCAUCUGCCUCGAAGAAAGCCUCAACCCCAGUCGCCGCUUCUGAGCCUCGUCAGAAACGAUCAUAUACGAAACGUGCAAGCCAUGUCCGGGUCCAAACUCCAGCGUCUCGCUCCUCACCUUCGGUUUCGGUUGGCGAGGAUGUUUUGCCGACCAAGAUGGCGGCAAACAAACCACUGCCCACGACCAAGCAGAAACAGCCGUCAGAGUUGUCUCUGAAGGAAUACCAAUCCAUAUCCGAAAGUGCAAUCCUUGCAGCGUCUCUACACCGGUCUCGAAUGCAAUGGCUCUGUGACGGCAUCUUGGAGAAAUACUGGGUGAAACCAAUCAAGAGGAAGGGUGUCAUUCAACAGCCUCCAAACAAUCCGGAUGGGAAAUCCAUGCAGAAAUUAGGAGCUGCCACCAUCACGAUUGAGCCCCAUACGUUUGAUGCCGUGUUUUAUAUCGUCCGUGAUCCUGCGACACCGCAGCCGAACUACCCACGCCAUCCCAAUCAGCAUACCCCGAAGGCUAUGCUUCCACAACUGAACCCUUCUCCCCGACCGUACGGCAUGUAUCCUCCUCCAGCGCCAUAUCAGCGGGCUCCCUCCACACCAGCUCCUAUUUCAAGGCCACCUUCAGGCAUGAACACACCUUCUCCCGGGUCGGCUGCUCCUCCUGUUCCUGCCGGUUCAUCAUCCGUGCCACCACAAGCGCCGGCCGCACCUUCAAACGCUAGAAUGCCUGUCAAUCACGAGCCGGUCUUGACACUGACCUCCGGUCCACAAGUACCCGCUCCACAAAGAUCUCCUCCAGCUCCUCCAACGCCGCAGCCAGUUCCUACGAAUGAGAAGCCAGGAACACCGAGUAAUGCAAGGGGAAGCACGACGACAGACCCUGUUAUCCAGAUGCUUGCCGCACGCGCAGCCUCGGAUUCUAGAUUGAAGGAGCUCAUGAAGGUGGUUGCUACAUCUAAGGCGUCACCCGAGCAAUUGAAGGAAUUCCAGGCACAUAUCGAUGAGUUUAAUGAGGUCAUCAGGAAGCAAGAGUCCGAGAGGUCCGCAAAAGCAGAAGUUCGACCUGUCCCCAAGCCCGCCACACCUCCUAUGGGACCCCCACAAGUAGAUGGGAGUUCUGAUACAAAGAGAGAGGUUCAGUUAGCAGCAUCUAAGCCUUCCACUCCAGUACCGAAUCCCACAGUAGCGUCCCCCGCACCACUUGCCGAUGUAGGGCAUACUCCUACAUACCAAACCCCUCCGCCGGCUCCACCGCCUCGACAGCAGAUGCCUCCAAACGGGGCAGCAGCUUUACCAGGGGUGAUGCAUAGAUUCCCUCCCACGCCGCCACCCGGACCAGCAAGGCCAAUGAGUGGGUAUAUGGGAUAUCCUCCUCUGCCAGCACCGCCGCCUCGCCCAGAACCUGUCAUCAAGCACAUCGUCCUAGAAAUCACCAGCACCCCUUCAGCCACGCAGUCUGCUUGUCAGGAUCGCUGGCUGUUCCCAGAGCACAGUGUGCUAGAGAUACGCACAUCUGGAUUGGAGAUGCUGUGUUCGUUCCUAGUCGAACGGAAAGGGACAGAUAUUCUAAAGAGCAUGGGUGGAGGAGAUACAGCAACAGAUGAUGAGAAUGGAAUUAGAAAUGGCAAUCAAGAGAAGUUUUCGGCCGACAAGGAGUACUAUCAGCCGGUCACAAUGACAAUCAAAGUGACGCAGCACAAAACGAUAGCGACAAUAGCUCAGGCAGCGAAGCCUUUAUCAGUGGUUCAGGCGCACAUGAAGGAUGUGAUGGAGGAGAAGCAACGUGCACCAGUGGAGUAUUUAGUGCACCACCUGCCCCGUGAGAAGGCAUCUGUGGGUGGUGAGGUAGUUGAGGGAGGCUUUGUGGACAGCGGUGUGGAGCUUGGGAGUGGAUCCGAUGGAGAGGAAGAUGAACUGAAGGAUGUGUAUGGAAUAUGA